GUGACGUAAUAAAUGUGCGACUCUACAUCUGGGUUCGCUCAUAAAUCUGCGACUUGUAGUAUUUGUGUUCACGUGCCUUACACAAUUCUGCUGCUCAUUGAUGCAUUUAUUUAGUUAACCACGCUCGACUGCGCCGGUGCCAUGAAGCUGGAGUUGUCUAAGGUGGUGCGAGGUUGUCGUCUGGGGCUUUUGACCAGCAUCGGGCAAACCGAGCAGCACUCACUGGAGGUUCCAGGCUGUCUCCUGUACACCCGCUGUGCCACCGUGCCCCAUUUGACCCAGGACACACUUCACACACUCAGCAACCUGCCUGCAGUUACACAGGUCACACUGGAGAGCCUCGCAGAGCACCAGGACGUCCUGGAGGAGUUUAAACAUGGUGUGAGAAAGUUUGCAGGUCUACAGGACACGCUGCUCUUCUGCUCCCUCCAUGACCCUGCCACGACCCAUCCCGCUGGCCACGUCACCAACAAGACGGUGUCCGUGUGGGGCAGUGGAGGAAGAAUAGAGCUGUCAGUGGCCAAGUUUAUGGCCAUGCAGGCAGCCAUCCGGCCAGACUGCUAUGAGAGCAUGGCAGAUGGAGAGACGUGGCAGGCGAACACAUCGCGGAAGAGGGUGCGUAAAGCAGUGGAGCGCACUCUCUCACAUCUGGACGAGUGUCUCGAACUGCACCAUAAAACACAGGAACUGAAAGGGUGUGAGAUAUUCGGUGUGGUGGAGGGAGGUGACAUCUUGGAGGAGAGGCUGAGGUCAGCACGCGAGACGGCCAAACGGCCCGUGGCUGGAUUCGUCCUGGAUGGCUUCCGGUCCACCUCCAUGGAGCAGGAGCUCAGGGAGCAGCUGAUCACAGCAGUGACUGCAGAGCUGCCUCAGGAAAAACCGAGGUUGUUGAGAGGCGUGGGUCGUCCAGAUGAGGUCAUAGCAUGUGUGGAAGCUGGAGUGGAUCUGUUUGAGGGCUUCUUCCCUUUUCAGGUGACGGAGAGAGGCUGUGCCCUCUGCUUCAACUACACCAUCACACCUGACCCAGAGACUGCAGGUACAUCUCCCCCUACAGUUUUGGAAUCAAAUGGAGAGGAGCCUGCUGUUGAAAAGCUGAAGGAAAAUGGUGAUGGCAGCCCUGAAAAUAUGACCCAAUUUGAGAUGAACCUGAAGGACACAAGGUACCGGGAUGAUUUCCGGCCACUGGUGGACGGGUGUAGCUGUUACUGCUGUAAGAACCAUAAAAGGGCUUACAUCCAUCAUCUGCUGGUGACCAAUGAGCUGUUGGCGGGGGUUUUACUGAUGUUGCACAACACGGCUCACUAUCUGGGAUUCUUCCAUGCCCUGAGGGAAGCCGUGGCCAACGACCGGCUCCGAGACUUGAAGAACAAAGUGUUACAGUGACCAAUGUGGACUAGAGAACGUGGAAUAAAUGCAAUCACUGAGGGUUCAGGGGAACAAGGAGUGUUGUGUUGAAAUGCACUACAUCAGUAGUAUUAAUCUGAAAGACAGCAAUCCAAUUGAAAGCAGGAAGUCCACCAUCAUUCCUGUUAAUGUAGUAUCAUUUUUACACAAGCGUGAUACGAAGAAAUUUAUUCAUCAAUGAUUCAUCAUAUUCUUCUUUUGUCAAAGGCGUUUUUAAAGGCUAUGUGGAGGAAAAACUUAAUUUCCCCUAUGUAUGGAGACUUUUGGGACACCCUGUAGUUGCAUAUUAUGUAUAUUCAUUACUCCUGGUAUUCUAAAUAAGGGUAAAGGUUUAGAGAUGUUUAUAAAGAAUUUUAGUGAUUUAUUGGGCAUAAACCUUUAACAGUUUAUUAUUGUACAAAGAUGCACAGAAUUUUAGUGCUGUUUUUCAUGGCAGCUAUUUUUUCAGCUCACUGUGCUCAGCAUUUCAUCGGUCGUUCUUCUAAAUGCACUUAUUUUUAACUGUUAAAUAAACAAUGGGUUCUAGGAGA